AUGCAGAUUUUUACUCGUAGCCAUGGAGCACUUGUGUGUUUUUGGCUGUCUGUUGCUUUUUUGGUAAUGGGAUCUUGCCAUAGUACAGUUGAGGUAGUUGGUCUUGGAGAAUGCGCAGAUUGCAACCUGAACAAUAUUAAAAUUAGUCAGGCUUUUUCAGGGUUAAAAGUAACAAUAGACUGCAAAGAAGCAAGUGGACAUUUUAAAACAAGAGGGGCUGGUGAGCUUGAUAACAAUGGAAAUUUCAAAGUAUCUCUUCCUCAAGACAUUGUGAAAGAAGGUGAACUGAAAGAAGAGUGCUAUGCUCAGCUUCAUAGUGCAUCAGCUGCACCAUGUCCUGCUCAUGAUGGUCUGCAAGGCACCAAGAUUGUUAUUAGUUCAAAAUCUGAUGAGAAACAUACUCUUAGUACUGCUGCUGCUGGUAAACUCAAGUUUUCAUCAGCAACAUGUGCCUCAGCAUUUUUUUGGCCUUUUUAUAAACACCCUCUUUUUCCUAAACUUCCUCUUCCUCAGUUACCUCAUUUCCCACCUAAAGUUUUUCCACCAUUUCCACCAAAGUUUUUCCAUAAACACCACCCUCUCUUUCCUCCUAUUCCUAUCUACAACAAACCUCCCUUUCCUCAUAUUCCUAUUUACACCAAACCUCCUUUUCCUCAUAUUCCUAUCUACACCAAUCCUCUCCCUCCACCUGUGCCUAUCUAUGAGAAACCUCUCCCUCCCCCUACACCGGUAUAUGAGAAACCUCUUCCUCCGCCUGCCUAUGAAAAACCUCUCCCUCCUCCUGUGCCCGUUUAUCAUAAACCACCUACGCCCGUUUAUCAUAAACCACCUACACCCGUUUAUCAUAAACCACCUACGCCCGUUUAUCAUGAACCACCUACGCCUGUUUAUCAUGCACCAACUACGCCUGUUUAUCAUGCACCGCCUACGCCCGUUUAUCAUAAACCACCUACACCUGUUUAUUACAAACCGCCUACGCCUGUUUAUCACAAACCGCCUACGCCCGUUUAUCACAAACCACCUACACCAGUUUAUCAUGAGCCGCCUACGCCUGUUUAUCAUGCACCACCUACGCCGGUUUAUCAUAAACCGCCUACGCCCGUUUAUCAUGAACCGCCUACACCCGUUUAUCACAAACCACCUACACCUGUUUAUUAUAAAUCGCCUACGCCCGUUUAUCAUGAACCGCCUACGCCCGUUUAUCACAAACCACCUACACCCGUUUAUCAUGAACCGCCUACGCCGAUUUAUCAUAAACCACAUCCGGUCAAGAAACCUUGUCCACCAAAGGUUGAACAUCCAAUUCUACCACCGGUUCCAAUCUACAAACCUCAUCCUUCUCCGGUUCCAAAGCCACUUCCACCACCUGUUCCGGUCAAGAAACCGUGUCCACCAAAGGUUGAGCAUCCAAUUCUACCACCUGUUCCAAUAUACAAACCUCCAGUAGUAAUUCCAAAGCCACCUGUUCCAAUAUACAAACCUCCAGUAGUGAUUCCAAAGCCACCUGUUCCAAUAUACAAACCUCCAGUAGUGAUUCCAAAGCCACCUGUGGUUCCAAUAUACCAACCUCCAGUAGUAAUUCCAAAGCCACCUGUGGUUCCAAUCAUCAAGCCCCAUCCUCCUAUUGUUCCAAUUUAUAAACCACCAGUUGUUAUCAAACCUCUUCCUCCUUUCUCAAAGUUUCCUCCAUUCCAGAAACCACCACUUCCACCUCUUCCCAAGAUCCCUCCCGUGCAUGAUUUUUUCCAUCAUCACCCCAAGUUUGGAAAAUUGCCUCCAAAAAGCUUUUUCCAUCACCCCAAGUUUGGGAAAUGGCCACCAGUCCACCCAAAAAGCUUCUUCCACCACCCCAAGUAUGGAAAAUGGCCACCAAUCCAUAAGAGCUUCUUCCAUCACCCCAAGUUUGGAAAAUGGCCAAAGGAUCCAAAAAGCUUCUUCCAUUACCCCAAGUUUGGGAAAUGGCCACCAUUAAGUCCUCAUCAUUAG